UCCCCAUGGCCACCCUGAGGGGCGAGCUAGGAGACGCCUGAGGAAGCCCAGACGGUACCCGUCCACGGCCCUGCGGGCUGCACGGCGGGAGUCUACACGGAGCUAUGCUGAGGCCGCGGGGUGCGGAGGAAGCCGCGCAGCUCGCCCCUCGGCGUGCCCGCGUCCUGGUCCCCGCAUCCAGACCCGCGGCUCCCGACGUGUCUCCGGCUUCCACCCGCCUGGGUCUUGCCUGCCUGCUACUGCUGCUGCUGCUGACUCUACCGGCCCGUGUAGACACAUCCUGGUGGUACAUAGGGGCACUGGGAGCCCGAGUGAUCUGUGACAACAUCCCUGGUUUGGUGAGCCGGCAGCGGCAGCUGUGCCAGCGCUACCCAGACAUCAUGCGUUCAGUGGGUGAAGGUGCCCGAGAAUGGAUCCGAGAGUGUCAGCACCAGUUCCGCCAUCACCGCUGGAAUUGCACCACACUGGACCGGGACCACACUGUCUUUGGCCGUGUCAUGCUUAGAAGUAGCCGGGAGGCCGCGUUUGUUUAUGCCAUCUCGUCAGCAGGAGUGGUUCACGCUAUCACUCGGGCCUGUAGCCAGGGUGAACUGAGUGUGUGCAGCUGUGACCCAUACACCCGCGGUCGGCACCAUGACCAGCGAGGGGACUUUGAUUGGGGUGGCUGUAGUGACAACAUCCACUAUGGUGUCCGCUUUGCCAAGGCUUUUGUGGAUGCCAAAGAGAAGAGGCUUAAGGAUGCCCGGGCCCUCAUGAACCUGCAUAACAACCGCUGCGGUCGCACGGCUGUGCGUCGCUUUCUGAAGCUGGAAUGUAAGUGUCACGGCGUGAGUGGCUCCUGCACACUACGCACCUGCUGGAGGGCACUCUCAGACUUCCGCCGCACUGGUGACUACCUGAGGCGGAGGUAUGAUGGGGCUGUACAGGUGACCGCCACCCAGGAUGGCGCCAAUUUCACAGCAGCCCGCCAAGGCUAUCGCCAUGCCACCCGGACUGAUCUGGUCUACUUUGACAACUCCCCUGACUACUGUGUCCUGGACAAGGCUGCAGGCUCCCUAGGGACCGCAGGCCGCGUCUGCAGCAAGACGUCUAAAGGGACAGACGGCUGCGAAAUCAUGUGCUGUGGCCGAGGGUACGACACAACUCGGGUCACCCGCGUCACCCAGUGCGAGUGCAAAUUCCACUGGUGCUGUGCUGUGCGCUGCAAAGAGUGCAGGAACACUGUGGACGUCCACACGUGCAAGGCUCCUAAGAAGGCAGAGUGGCUGGACCAGACCUGA